AUGGCAUUAUGGAAUCUUGCCCCAGUUUCAGUUUUGGUGUUAUCCGUGCUUUUCAGCUUUCUCGGGUACAAAUGUCUGCUCUGUAUGAUCGCAGUAUGGACAGAAGUAAAGCGGAUCGUUCACAUUCGGCGCACUCUUCCAGGUGCUCCACCUCAUUGGCUGUUCGGCAAUAUCCUGCAAGAACCUGGACCCGUGACUCCUGGGUUUGAGUGGCAUCGUAACAUGCCUAAGACCUAUCGAAGACUUUGUGUCUUUUGGAUAGGAUGGAAACCCAUUGUGGUACUGAACCAUCCUGAAUCUGUACGGAAUGUACUCAAUGACCGUGUUGGUACGGUCAAAAGUGACGUGUAUAGACUAUUUGAUGAAUGGCUUGGCGACGGUUUGGUUACAACAGACGGCAAAGUAUGGAAGAGACAUCGGAGACUCAUUACAAACUCUUUCCAUUUCAACGUUCUCAAGAGUUAUAUCCAUAAAAUGAAUCAGAUUGCGGACACCCUGAUUUCAGUGAUCUCACAAAGAGGUGCGGCGGGAGAGCUCCUCGAACUCCACAAAACCACGAGUGCUUUUUCCAGUGACGUCAUCUUACAAUGUGCCUUUUCUUACGAGUCAGGCUGCCAGGAGGGUGUCUCAGAAUACAUGAAAUCUUUAUCGACCCUGGGUACCAUUUUCAUGAAGAGGUCUCUGAGCCCACCCCUUCUCUACGACUUCAUCUUCCGACGAUCUUCACUCUACAAGUCUUGGAGAAAAGAGAUUGACGUCCUUCAUAGACUUCAGGAGAAACUCAUCUCUGAUCGUAGGGAGCAACACAGACAGACCGGAUGUACGGAAUUUUCCAAAGGCAUGGAUUUCUUGGAUACUCUCAUGUUGGCAAAGGACGCAGAGGGCGGACUAACGGAUAGAGAAAUGAGAGACGAGGUAAAUACUUUCCUUCUCGGCGGGAUUGAUACAACGUCUAGCGCCCUCACGUGGUUGUUAUACUUGUUGGCUACUCACCCAGAAUACCAGACCAAGAUCCAGGAGGAAGUUGAUGAACUCUUCCAAGAUCGUGAGAUUCGUGAAGUUCGCCGUGAAGAUCUCCAUCGUACUCCAUUUCUGAUGAAAUGUGUCAAGGAGAGUCAGCGCAUGUACUCGUUCGUAUCCUCAAGCCGCUUGCUGACCGAACCCCUGGUCGUCGACGGUCUAACAGUCCCAGCAGGCACCGAUCUUGCCAUCUACCCCUAUCAGCUCCAUCACAACCCUGACGUCUGGAGCGAUGACCAUAUGACAUUCAGACCAAGUCGUUUCGACCGCCAGAACGUCGAAGGCCGAGAUCCGUUCGCUUUCAUUCCCUUCUCCGCAGGUGCUCGGAACUGCAUCGCGCAACAGUUCGCGCUACAGGAGAUACAGGUAGCAGCGAUUCGGAUUUACGACAAGUUCGGCUUUACUUUGGUCCGUGACUCCACACCAGUCUUUCGGAUUGUUAGCGUACCAGAAGAUGAAAUACUGCUAGGUAUCCAUCCUCGGAGAGAAACAUAAUUUGGUAUACUUCCUUCGAUUAAUUAUUACUGUCACCAUUAUACGUUUAAGUAACUGUUUUUCCACGAAAUAAAUUUUUAGUUUACUGCUAGUUCUUUUGCAAUGGUGAGGUAGAGUAUGACUUAAUUAGCUCCAAGAUGAAAUGACUGCACACAGUUUAACUGGAUGUAGAAGUUUAUUACUGAUUAAAUUCGGAUGGGAUCAUUCUGUGAACGUUAUACAUUUUUAUGAAUAAUUUGUUGGUGAUUUACUGAUUUAUUCUUUCUCAAUUUUCCUCUCGAUGUUUAAAGAGCAAAUUAAGUGCUUUAGAUAUUUUUAUAUUGACCAUUUAGUAUAGUUACUACGAUGGUAAAACUAUCCCCGCCUAGCUAGCUGUUGAUAUUGCAUUAUAUAUUGAUGAUUUGAUUUAUAUUCCACCGUAAAAGCAUGCCAUAGAUAGAGUAGAAAUAUAUAUGUAGGAAAUCUCACUUCAUUAUUACUGCAUGUGCAGAUUGUAUUGCUAUUGCUCUUGCGACAACUGCUCUGCGUCGAUUUCUUUCACUAACCGAAUUCGCACCUUCAACCCAGGAGCCAACGCUAUACCUAACCCAACCAUAAUCCUAAAAUAAGAAUGAAUUACAACCCUAAAUGUGAUCACAUACAUUUGAUGAAAUCAAGCCCGGAGCAGAUGUCUCACGAGCAAAUAUAAUUAUGAUUUGUACAUAAUAUCCGGGUGCUGUUCCUAAUUUCAUCUUUUUAUUUGUAGCUUCUUUCGAAGAUUUUUCGUUUUUUAUGAUUGAAAUUUCCUACAGCAACAAUCUUAAUUUUUUAGUGUUUAAGGAUCUUUGUUUUAAAAUAGAAGCUGAUGGAACAGGUGAUGGAAAAUUGGCUUCAACGUACUGUAUUAUUGCAUUUAUAUAUUCCCUGUGGGAAAUAGGAAUAUUUUGAAAUUUCAGGUAUUUGUACUUCGUUUAAAAAUAAAUUGUUAAAGGGAGUCUGUAUCACAAUUUUUUGAUGAACGAUAGUUCUGCUUUCAUAGCUACAUGUACUCUGGUGAUAGAUUGGUUUAUUAUUUACAUUGCAAAAUAUCAUAGUGUUACAGUGUAAUGUUUAAUAAAGCUUUCAUAGUUUCUCAUAAAUGUAUGUAAUUCUAUUUUGUA